UGAUUGGCCUUUGAACCUUUCCCACAUCUGAAGAUGGUGAAGUUAGAUAUUCAUACACUGGCCCAUCACCUCAAGCAGGAGCGCUUGUACGUGAACUCUGAGAAACAGCUCAUUCAGAGGCUCAAUGCAGAUGUACUUAAGACUGCUGAGAAGUUGUAUCGUACAGCAUGGAUUGCGAAGCAACAGAGAAUUAAUUUGGAUCGGCUCAUCAUAACCAGUGCUGAAGCAUCCCCUGCUGAAUGUUGCCAACAUGCCAAGAUUUUGGAAGAUACACAGUUUGUUGAUGGAUAUAAGCAAUUGGGAUUUCAGGAGACUGCUUAUGGCGAAUUCUUGAGUCGAUUAAGGGAAAAUCCUCGUCUUAUUGCCUCCUCUUUAGUUGCUGGCGAGAAACUUAAUCAGGAGAACACACAGAGUGUUAUUUACACAGUUUUUACCUCCCUGUAUGGCAACUGUAUUAUGCAGGAAGAUGAAAGCUACCUCCUUCAGGUUUUGCGAUACUUGAUUGAAUUUGAACUUAAAGAAAGUGACAACCCCAGGCGACUUUUGAGGAGAGGAACUUGUGCCUUCAGUAUCUUAUUUAAACUUUUUUCUGAAGGACUGUUUUCUGCCAAACUUUUCCUCACAGCUACUUUACAUGAGCCAAUAAUGCAAUUGCUUGUUGAAGAUGAAGAUCAUCUAGAAACAGAUCCAAACAAGCUAAUUGAGAGAUUCUCUCCAUCUCAGCAGGAAAAACUCUUUGGGGAGAAAGGCUCAGACAGAUUCAGGCAAAAGGUUCAGGAGAUGGUGGAUUCCAAUGAGGCCAAACUGGUGGCUCUAGUGAACAAAUUUAUUGGUUAUCUCAAACAGAAUACAUACUGCUUUCCACAUAGUCUCAGGUGGAUUGUAUCACAGAUGUACAAAACCCUGUCCUGUGUGGACAGACUGGACAUAGGGGAGGUCAGAGCGAUGUGUACCGAUCUCCUGCUGGCUUGCUUUAUUUGUCCUGCAGUUGUCAAUCCAGAACAGUAUGGAAUAAUUUCUGAUGCUCCCAUUAAUGAGGUGGCACGAUUUAAUCUGAUGCAGGUUGGCCGCCUGUUGCAGCAGUUAGCAAUGACUGGCUCCGAAGAAGGAGAUCCCCGAACGAAAAGCAGCCUUGGAAAAUUUGACAAAAGCUGUGUUGCUGCUUUCCUUGAUGUUGUGAUUGGGGGCCGUGCAGUGGAGACGCCUCCAAUGUCCUCUGUUAAUCUUCUGGAAGGGUUGAGCAGAACUGUAGUUUAUAUAACCUACAGCCAGCUUCUUACUCUGGUGAAUUUUAUGAAGAGUGUGAUGUCUGGAGAUCAACUGAGAGAAGAUAGAAUGGCUCUUGACAAUUUGUUGGCAAACCUACCCCAGGCUAAGCCAGGAAAAAGCAGCAGUUUAGAAAUGACUCCCUACAGUACUCCUCAGCUCUCUCCGGCAACCACCCCAGCAAAUAAGAAGAAUCGAUUACCUAUUGGACAACAGUUAGCAGCCAUCACUGCCUGGGAUUCCUCAGCCUCCAAUCUUACUGCUCAUAUAACACUAGUAGCCCCAUUUGCAACUCGGAGCAGAAGCCGCACUAAUAUGCUUAUGGACCUGCAUAUGGACCAUGAAGGAUCAUCUCAAGAAACCAUCCAGGAGGUACAACCAGAAGAGGUGUUGGUCAUUUCCUUAGGAACCAGUCCCCAGCUUACUCCGGGAAUGAUGUCAGAAAACGAGGUCCUAAACAUGCAACUUGUGGAUGGAGGACAAGGAGAUGUCCCUGUUGAUGAAAACAAACUCCACGGUAAACCUGAUAAAACCUUGCGCUUUUCCCUCUGCAGUGAUAAUCUGGAAGGCAUAUCUGAAGGUCCUUCAAAUCGCUCCAAUUCAGUGUCUUCUCUAGACUUGGAGGGAGAGUCUGUAUCGGAACUUGGAGCAGGACCUUCUGGAAGUAAUGGAGUUGAAGCACUACAGCUCUUAGAACAUGAGCAAGCUACAACACAAGAUAAUCUUGAUGAUAAACUAAGAAAAUUUGAGAUUCGUGACAUGAUGGGACUAACAGAUGACAGGGACAUAUCAGAAACAGUGAGUGAGACCUGGAGUACAGAUGUCCUGGGGAGUGACUUUGAUCCUAACAUCGAUGAAGAUCGCUUGCAGGAAAUUGCAGGUGCAGCAGCAGAGAACAUGUUAGGCAGUUUGCUGUGCCUUCCGGGUUCAGGGUCAGUUCUCCUUGACCCCUGCACUGGUUCUACCAUAUCAGAGACAACAAGUGAAGCUUGGAGUGUAGAGGUAUUGCCAAGUGACUCAGAGGCCCCAGACCUAAAGCAGGAGGAGCGCCUGCAAGAGCUGGAGAGUUGUUCUGGACUGGGCAGCACGUCUGAUGAUACGGAUGUCAGGGAGGUCAGUUCCCGCCCGAGCACACCAGGCCUCAGUGUUGUGUCCGGCAUAAGUGCGACCUCCGAGGAUAUUCCCAAUAAGAUUGAAGACUUGAGAUCUGAGUGCAGCUCUGAUUUUGGGGGUAAAGAUUCAGUCACUAGUCCAGAUAUGGAUGAAAUAACUCAUGGUGCCCAUCAGCUGACCUCCCCUCCUUCACAGUCAGAGUCUCUGCUUGCCAUGUUUGAUCCACUGUCUUCACAUGAAGGGGCUUCUGCAGUGGUAAGGCCAAAGGUUCACUAUGCCAGGCCAUCACAUCCACCUCCAGACCCUCCAAUCUUGGAAGGAGCAGUGGGAGGAAACGAGGCCAGGUUGCCCAACUUUGGUUCACACGUUUUAACUCCAGCUGAAAUGGAAGCAUUCAAGCAAAGGCAUUCUUACCCUGAGAGACUGGUUCGCAGCAGGAGCUCUGAUAUAGUAUCUUCUGUCCGGCGACCUAUGAGUGACCCCAGCUGGAACCGACGUCCAGGGACUGAAGAGCGAGAACUCCCUCCAGCUGCAGCCGUUGGUGCUACUCCUUUGGUGGCUGCGCCUCACUCAUCGUCCUCAUCCCCUAGCAAGGACUCCUCGAGAGGAGAGACUGAAGAUCGCAAAGAUAGUGAUGAUGAGAAAUCAGACAGAAACAGACCUUGGUGGAGAAAACGUUUUGUUUCAGCCAUGCCUAAAGCUCCUAUACCAUUUAGAAAGAAAGAAAAACAAGAAAAAGACAAAGAUGAUCUGGGGCCUGACAGAUUCUCAACACUCACAGAUGAUCCCAGCCCUAGGCUCAGCACACAAGCUCAGGUCGCCGAGGAUAUUCUGGACAAAUACCGUAAUGCCAUUAAAAGGUCCAGCCCCAGUGAUGGAGCAAUGGCAAACUAUGAAAGUGCAGAGGUCAUUGGUGAUGGUGAAAGUGCACAUGAUUCUCCUCGUGAUGAAACGCUACAGAACAUUUCAGCUGAUGAUCUCCCAGACUCUGCAAGCCAAGCAGCCCAUCCUCAGGAUUCAGCUUUCUCUUAUAGAGAUGCAAAAAAGAAACUAAGACUUGCUCUUUGCUCUGCGGAUUCUGUUGCCUUCCCAGUAUUGACUCAUUCAACAAGGAAUGGAUUACCAGACCAUACAGACCCAGAAGACAAUGAAAUUGUUUGCUUCUUAAAAGUUCAAAUAGCUGAAGCAAUUAAUUUACAAGAUAAGAACUUAAUGGCCCAACUUCAAGAAACAAUGCGCUGUGUGUGCCGAUUUGAUAAUAGGACUUGUAGGAAACUGCUGGCAUCCAUCGCUGAGGACUACAGGAAACGAGCCCCAUAUAUUGCAUACCUCACUCGUUGUCGACAAGGGCUGCAGACUACACAGGCUCACCUGGAGAGGCUCUUGCAAAGGGUUUUGCGUGACAAAGAGGUGGCCAAUCGAUAUUUUACCACUGUCUGUGUGAGAUUACUGCUUGAGAGCAAAGAAAAGAAGAUUAGGGAAUUCAUUCAAGACUUUCAGAAACUCACAGCAGCUGAUGAUAAAACUGCUCAGGUAGAAGAUUUCCUGCAGUUUCUUUAUGGUGCGAUGGCCCAGGAUGUCAUAUGGCAAAAUGCCAGUGAAGAGCAACUUCAGGAUGCUCAGCUGGCCAUUGAACGAAGUGUGAUGAAUCGGAUUUUCAAGCUUGCUUUCUACCCUAACCAGGAUGGGGACAUACUUCGUGACCAGGUUCUUCAUGAACACAUCCAAAGAUUGUCGAAAGUAGUGACUGCAAACCACAGAGCUCUUCAGAUACCAGAGGUUUAUCUUCGAGAGGCACCGUGGCCAUCUGCACAGUCCGAAAUCAGGACAAUAAGUGCUUACAAAACCCCCCGGGACAAAGUGCAGUGCAUCCUGAGAAUGUGCUCCACAAUUAUGAAUCUCCUGAGCCUGGCCAAUGAGGAUUCUGUCCCUGGAGCCGAUGACUUUGUCCCCGUGUUGGUGUUUGUGUUGAUAAAGGCAAACCCACCCUGUUUGCUGUCCACUGUGCAGUACAUCAGCAGCUUCUACGCCAGCUGUCUGUCAGGAGAGGAGUCCUACUGGUGGAUGCAGUUCACAGCAGCAGUGGAGUUCAUUAAGACCAUCGAUGACCGGAAGUGACAGAGACCAGGGCCCGCCACGGCAGCAGACUGUUAACGGGGCAGACAGAUCUCUAAGAAAAUGAAGCACUGCUUCAAAGGCUGAAGAUUGUUUUGUAUGAUAUUGUACAGUGUUCAGACCUUUUAAAACAGAUCUUUACUAAGCAGAUUAAUGAGCUAACAAGCAGGUUCUCUUUUCUUUGGGCUCUUUUCCUUUCUUAGUUGCAUAUUUUAUUUUCUUGUCCCAGGUAGAGAAUAGUACUUCAAAAAGGGACCACAUUUUUCAGGUAUUUUGAAAUAACAAAGACUAGAACAAAAUCUCUUAGGAAAUUCCGAGAAUUUCAUUCACGGAUACUCUAUUCUUUCCUUUUUAAAAAACAAAAAACAACAACAACAAAAAAGUACACCUCUUUUAAGAUGCUGUCUUACGUGCAUCUAAUGGAAGGAAAAUAUCAGCUGCACUGAGGAUCAUAAUAGUGGUGCAUUUGUGGCAUUAUCUAUAAAUACACUUACCUAAGUUGAAAAGCUAAGAAGGAAAUGUAAAUAUAAUAUAUAUUUAUAUUUGAUGUAAUAUGGACCUCUUCAGAUUCUAAUAAACAAGGACUAUUGUUGGUAGUAGGUUGUGACAUACCCUUUUGUGAAAUGGUUUCCUUGACAAAAUUUAAGCUGAGCUUAAAAGCAAAAUACAUAAAACAUACAGAAAUAUUUAUUAAAGGGGGAGAUAGUUUAUUGCACUGGGUAGAGACCCUGAUAAGUCACACAAGUGUAUCUCUCGGUGGCCGUGGUGACCCUGCAUGUCAAGGUGGACUCUGAUUACCUUGCAUUACGCUACAAGGAACAGUAGACAUCUAGUACUUUAUUAUGAUACUUCUCAUCUGAAAUACUGAGUAUACUAUAGAAACCCCAGACAGCUCCUUAGUAACCUUUAAUUGUAAUCUAUUUUUGAUGAUUAUUCACAUUGAAUGCAUAGACCAGGAAUUCAGUGAAUGUCAUUUUUUAAAACUAAUUUGUAUUGUCUGCUCUAGUGAUACAAGUUUUACUAGUGAUAAACUAUUUUAAUCAACCAUACUAUUCUUACAGAAAAAAAAAAAAUCUAUUUUGGCAGAUUUCUGUGCCUUUAUUUCCCUCUUCUGAAAAACAAGUGUACGUUUCAGAGUUUGAUUUUCAUUGUGUAUUGAUAACUAAUCAGAAAUGGGCUUUGGUGCCUGGGCAGCUGGCCCAUGAAGCAAGAGCUCCAAGCACAAGUCCCAUCUUCGGCCACCAACUGGCCACCAUCACUUUGUAUGUUUCCUAAAUUGUAGCUUCUUUUAUAUCACCUGCAGCCUCAUGUCUUUGAGUCCCUUGUUGCUGGCAGCAUUUUCUAAGGGAACUGUGAUCACCAGCCUUGAGCAGGUGCGUACAAAAGCUGUCUGCUCCCCUCCCUGCAGCUCUGUGUCUCCUCAUGAUGGAAGGAGGUGGGUUUUCUUCAUGUUUCCACCUCUUCCCAUUCAUUUAUUUUUAAAUGCCAAAAUAAUAAGAUGGAUAGGAGUAUGGAUGUGGUUUCUUGCCUGUUAGGGAGAGAUAAAAGCCAAACUAGUACUACAGAAUGUCCCUUUGAAUGUUAGGUCAAGAAACCCUUCUACAGAGUAAUGUGCUUCACGGGCCUGGGUGUUAGAAGUCCGAUCCCAGCAUAAACACGUUGCAAGACACACUGUGUGACGUGACUUCGAGACCUGGAGGGAAUCGAUUCACUUCAGCAUUUGAUUGAAAACUGUUAACAGAAGACCUUAAAUAGUUGGAAUUCACUGUUGUGGGACUUGACUCAUCAAUCAAGGAGAGAUUUUUUUUUUUUCUUUUCAAAGGUAGCGAAAUAUAUUCCAUGUUGUUACUGUGGAAAUAAAUAUGAAGAUGUGGACAUCAUGCCAGGGCUCUUUUCUGUGAAGAGGAGGAGGUGGAUUUGGGCUGUGGAGCUGCCCUGGAGGCAGGAAAUGGGGCUUGGCAUUGCCCAGGCCUGUGAUGAGGUGGCAUUUGGCCUUGGUGCGGUGCUGGCAGGGGGAGCACAGUAGGUGUCUCAAAGGAGCUCAGUUUCCCCCUGAAAACCUUGUCAGAAGCAGGGAGGGCUUCGGCAGUAACCAGUUUACAGGUCUGACCUCAUGCUAGGCUUUCUGUAGGUGUUGGCUUCUGGAUUCAGGAAGUAGCCACUGUAAGAUGUGCAAGACAGCAUGACUUGAUUUUUGUUUUUUCAGGAAAGAGAAAUAAUUGUUCUUCAAAUGUUUCUUACUACCUUCUAGUACUUGUUUUACAUGAAUGCAAAAGUACAAAAUCACCCUUGGGAAACCUUCAGUAGCCACCAGUUAUGACAGAAUUUGCCAAGUUAAUGGUUGUCCGAUGGGUAGAUAGUGGCUCAGCUCACUGAAGUCUUACAGAAUUUAAGAAGUUAUAACUUCUUUUAAAGAAAAGAAAAAUCAGUGUAGUUUUACUAAUAUUCUUCUGCAACUAAUAGAAGUUUAGAUGGAAGAUUAUCUUUCCUUGUACAAUUAUUUUUUGGGGUUUUUUUGUUUGUUUUUGUUACGGGGGAACUUAGGACCUUAUACUUGCGUAGCAGACGGCGGAACCACUGAGCUAAAUCCCUGGCCCAGUACAAUCACUUUUUAAUAAAAUUGGUAAAAGUACCUGGGCGUCGUGGUGCGCACCUGUGAUCCCAGCACUUGGGAGCUGAGGCAGGAGGAUCGCUGCAAGUUUGAGGCCA